UGCGACCAUUCAUGUGAUUCGGCACGUGGGAACUGGAGCUAAAUGUUGGGAUAGUAUUGAAAUGUUUCCUACGUAGUGGGGCAGCAAUCAUGGAUUCGAGCAUCGACUUCCACAAGUUCUCAAAGGGCGAGACUUGCACAACAACUGGGUGUCGGUCACGGUAUUACUAUAUCCAGGACGGUAAACGCGUUUGCAAGUCUCAUGGGCACGUCCAGGAAGGUUUUACACAGGUUGCAGCAGAUGAAGAUGACUUCAACACCGAGGGCAGAAAAACAAGAAAAAGGCGAAAGGAGGCAGCAGCAACUGGCAUAGUUUAUGAUGGAAUCGAAGCCAUUAAGCUUUAUGCACAAUGCUGGCAGGUGGUGUUGAGGAAGCAGGCCAUGUGGCUCAUCAGCGCGAGAGGAAUGCCACCUGAACUUGAGACCGUUAUCCGAGAUUUAUGGGCAGUGAGGAUAAGGAAUAUUAGGGGCAUAGGAGAAGAUGAAAGGGGUGCGAGGGACGGGUAUGGGUUUAGUUCAACAAGUGAGGGGGAGACAGAAGGAGAAGAUGAUGGUGUUGGGAUGGAAAUGAGCAGGCGGCAUCGGAAGAUUGCAAGAGAAAAGGGUCUGCCAAAGCUUAUCGAGAGCUUGGCUCUAUGUUAUAUGGCAAUACUACUUCUGAGACUCCCAGUCUCAGUGGGAGAUCUCCAGAAAUGGGCUGAACAACAUGAGAUCCCUUACUUUCGAGUGAUUCGAGAUAUCCCAGCUGACAUGAAGUCUCAUCUGCCACCAAAAUACUAUUCUGCUCUGGAGACCAGAUCAUCUCUGAGGAGAGGCCGCUUGCAGCAAUGUAUUGGUGAGCUAAUGGUUAACUUCACGACCAACUUCAACAUCUUAUUCCCGCCAUUAAAUACACCUCUGAUAAUAUUCCGGUUUGUGAAGGACCUUUGUCUGCCUUUGGAAAUUUACGGGUCUUGUUGCCACCUGGCUGAAGCUCUGGGAAUAAGGUUUCAAUACCCAAAGACAUUAUCAAGGCACAAACUGAGCGAAUACCCCGAAUUGCAAGUUGCUGCUUUGGUCGUGAUAUCAACCAAACUCUUGCAACCCUUCGACAAUAUGAUACGAACUCCAGAGAGUCUCAAAGACCCGAGUGCACUGAGGGUUGAUUGGGAUGGCUGGAGUGGCAUGGCGGCGGAAGGCGGUGAUGCGACUCCAGGCCAGGAAGCUAAAGUCACAGAGGCCGAUGUGUUCAACAUGAGUGGUGAUAUGUUGGACCGCUAUUUGGAUUGGUACAAUCAAACCUGGUCAGGUGAAAGGGACAGUAAAGUGUCCCAGCAAAUUCUUGACCUAUUUCCCAUUGAGGACUCACCAAACCUACUUGGAACGAACCAAGAAAUAGCAAUGUCCGUGUCUGAGCGUCUGGGCCGUGUCCAAAGCAGGCUAAAAGUUCAAAAGCCUAUAUCUACAAAUGACGAGCAGUACGUUGCUACGAUCAACAGGCCCGGCGCUUUCUAUAAACGGUGGCAGAGGGACGGCGACCUUUCUGAGAACGAAAGGGCGUUUGUGGCAAAGACUGCUGAGAACGCUGGCACGACUGUGGAUAUUCUGAUCAGAACUGUGUAUUCGCUAGAACAAAGAUUACAUGAUAUAGCCUCUGGAGAGGAAAGACUAGAAGUAGAGCAUUGAGAAAUGGCUCUAAGAUUAGAUGCAGUAUGGGUGACUGUUUACCGGAUCCCCAAGGCGUCGGAUAUUUGGAGUUGGAAUUUGUGGCAAUAGUGAUGAUGGCGAAAUUAGCGGCAAGGGAGUCUGGGUUGGUUGCCAUAUAGACUGUAACAUAGACUGUAACGAAGAGAACGAAGUUAUGACUUCUUUGGGUCUCAAUUAAUAGAAUGCACAUAUUAUAUCGAUCUAUUUCUUGUA